GUUGUCAAGACAACAGGUAAACUGAACUCUGGUCUGCGUUGCAAUGGCGGACCUGCUCAUAUUGAAACAAGCAGAGGAAUUCAGAAAGGAAUACUUCCACAGAAACAGGCAAGCUGAGGAGAACAGACAGAAGGAAACCCAGGCUGCAAUCCGAAUUCAGAGCUGGUUCCGAGCCUGCAAGGUGCGGGCUUACCUCAGCCAUCUGCAAAAGAAAGCAAUCAUUAUACAGAAGACAUGGCGGGGGUUUGCAGCAAGGGCACGUGUCAGACAAAUGGUGAAGGCGGCAUAUUUUACCGUGAAGAUGAAUUUCUACAACGAGAUGGCGGUCAGGAUUCAGCAAAGAUGGAAAGGAUUCUAUGUCAGGAAGUAUGUCCAUAACUUUUACGCUCGGAAAACCUAUCUGGAGCAAAUUCUCAUAAAGAAUGAGCUUGUGAGGAAAGAGUUGGAUGAGAUCGGGGAAGCCCAGAAAAGAGAGAACGAACAUCUGGAGGCUGUAAAACAGCAGAAAAACAAAAUUCACCAAGCUCAUCAAUUGCACUAUCUCAUCAGCACGAACCAGCUCCCUGGGGUGUUCAACUCGCCUUAUAGACAGACCCCUCAUGAGAUGGAACUGCUGUUGAGGCAGGUCAAGUAUCAGGUCCCGGCAAGCCUGGCCCACAAGGAUACAGGUUAUCCCAGGGGCAUCCGUGACUCAGUAGGAGUUAGUUUCUCUGGGUCUCUUGAAUCUCAAGGGACCAUAUCCACCAGAACUUGGGAUUUAAGGACCAGACUACCUCCAAUUGCCAGCAGAAACACAAGGCAAAAGACUAAAAGACUGUGACAGAUGAGGCAGAUAAUUGAUUAAAAUGAGGUAAGGUGCAAUACUGAAAUUCUAGUGUCAGAGUAAUAGCAAAAUGGAAGACAGUGUGACAGCCGCUUUAAAGCCCAGCUGGAUCAGCGGCACCUCAAAGUACACCUUUGCCUGGACACGGGGAUCACAAGGAUACCAGUCAGCAAAAUCUGUCCUUCAUAUGACUCAAGCAAAAAUCUUAAGCCUAUUUUUUGCACCUCUAACAAGUGAGCCUUUUAGCUGUCACAAUUUUUGUCAAUUGUCAAUUUAAUAUUAAAUAAAACAAUUAAUAUUCAAUCGGAGUAAAUUAAUAAUUAGUGUAUACUUUUUUUUAUUUUUCUAUAACAUUUAGUGCUACUUUUGGAUUGAUAAGUUUUUGUUUAAGUUGGAACCUAGCGGAGUUUAAAGCUUUUUAAUCACUGAAAGAGUGAAUAAAAUACACUACUUCAGCAAUUAUUAAAAACCUUGGCCAAUUUCUAGCCCCUCUCAGAAAUUUGAAUUUAGAAACUUUCUCUGCAUUAAAGCAGGCUUGCAUGUGAAGAUCUAACUUUAGGUAACUGGAAAAAAAUUUAAGGCUGGUUCACAUGGCAGAUAAUUAGCCCGAUUUUGGUCCUGAUCUUCUCAUUCCGAGAAGCGCCGAUUAUUGCCGUGUCUCUUAAGAUAAUCUUAAAAGAAUAUCCUGCCAUGUGUGCUGUGUUAUUUACCUAACUCACUGCCAUUUAUGUCAAAGAAAAUAAAGAAAAGCCUUGUUUCCUCCAGAGGAUUGUGCAAAAUCUUGAGACUUGUGUUUAGGCUUUUGCAUGUGAAUGUUUUCUCAUUGAGAAAAAGCAGUUGGGGCGGGGCUUACAGUUCAAACUAAACUCUUCUCCUCACUCACUUGACCCUUAAAGCUUAAAAAUGUAUUUAUUUCCAUUUGAUAGCCGUGUCAUUGUUUCAUUGUGUUGAGGCAUCUGCUAUGAGACAACCAGCUCUAUAAAGUAUGAUCCCAUCAAGUCAAAUAAAACUUAAAAAUGUAUAUAGAAAACUUUUGAAUUGAACGUGACAUGAGUAUUUCAAGCAUCGUAUAGUAGGAAUAAUAGGUUAUAUCAUCUUGCUAUUGAUAUAGCUACUAUAUUAAUGAGUAAGUGUGGAGAUGUAACAGUCAUUUGAAUUUUUUUCAGGCAAAGGGCUUUGUAUAUUAUCAGGUUACAUGAUGUGAAAAGUAUGAGCUGAAGUAACACUUGCAUUUGUCUGUUUUUUUUAAAGUACUUGAGACAUUAGGAAACACACUAAUACGCAAUUACUCUUAAAUAUGUAGUAUGACUGAGACUAUUAGUUGUGCUAUUAAAG